AUGGCGCGCUACAUCGAGGCCAACGGCCACCGAUGUGAGAGUGACGAAGAUCCACCCAGGAGCGCCGAAUCACCUGCGGAAUCGCGAGACUUCAGUGAUAUCUCGGCUUCCCGUAAUCAAACGUCCGUGAUUUGCACGAAGAUCAAUAUUCUGAAGACCAAAACACAGAUGGCUUUCUCAUCGCUGAAGGAACGCUUCCAAAAAAAGAAGACACAUUGA